AAAAGACUAUGUAAUCCGACAUGUUUACUCUGUAUCCUCGUGAGGUUAUGUAAACAUAAGAAACGAUCGAUCAGCUCAGUAUACAUGUAUUGAGUAGAAUAGCAAGCCGGACAUCAACAUGGAUACGACGUACAGUUUAUUUACUGUCAUAGCAGUUUUAACUAUCUUUCACUGCGCUCAAGGACAACAAGUUGUGGUGACUGCACCUGACGAGAUCACUCCGGGGGAGACAACUCUCACAGUAAGAUGUGCACCAUCAGAUCCUCACCUCUGGAAGUCCGUACAGACCAUGAAACUUUAUAAACGAGCCGAUAACAUGGUUUCCAAUACCAUGCAGCAACCGAUUGUAUCAUUUUCCUACAACAACGGAAAGGACACCGAUGUAACAUGGGAGGACCAGGACCUUCGUCAGAGAUACGGAGUGGACGUAAAUGGUAAUUUAGCUUCUGACAACCCCUUCCUAUCACUGACCAUCGACGGGCCGAACACACAGGAGAAGGACGCUGGUUCAUACUGGUGUGGCUUAAUGGGAACAUUCGGCAAUGGAGAGUUUCUCUAUAUAACCGGCAAGAAACAUAUAGAUGUUGCCUAACGUGAUGUUUCAAUAACAUCUCUUUGUCAUUUUGUAUCCAAUAAACAAGAUUUUUGCAAAGCAGA